UUGGCAAACACAACAUCCUCGCUCCUCUCCUCAAUCUCUUACCUCUCAAUUGACUUCUCGAUUGACUCGUAAAAAUGAGCGGACAGAAAGCUGUUGCAGAGAACAUGCUCUGGGGAGGUCGAUUUACUCAGGGCCUCGACCCCCUCAUGGUGCAGUACAAUGAGUCCCUUCCCUAUGACCGGAUUUUCUGGUCGCAGGAUAUUGCCGGGUCCAUUGCGUUUGCCCGUGCGAACGCCAAGUCCGGCAUCCUCACUGCCCACGAGUUCUCCGAGAUCGAGCGAGGCUUCCGACAGAUCGCCGAGGAAUGGAGGACCAACACGUUCGUGGUGAAGCCGAACGAUGAGGACAUCCAUACCGCGAACGAGCGUCGUCUCGGCGAAAUCAUCGGCAAGGAGAUUGGCGGUAAGCUGCACACGGGUCGCUCUCGCAACGAGCAGAUCGCUACCGACAUGCGGCUGUGGCUCCGGGACGAACUGCGCAAGAUCGACGGCUUCCUCUCGGACCUUAUCAAAGUCUCCAUUGCCCGUGCGGAACGAGACAUUGACUACCUUAUGCCUGGAUACACCCACCUGCAGAAGGCUCAGCCGGUUCGGUGGAGUCACUGGGUUCUGUCUCAUGCCACUGCUUUCGCCAGCGAGCUGCAGCGGUUGCGAGAGACGAUCAAGCGGGUCAACCGCAGUCCGCUAGGCACGGGUGCUCUGGCCGGAAACCCCUUCCACAUUGACCGUGAGCAGAUGGCCCGCGAGCUCGGCUUCGACGGCCUGCUCUACAACUCCAUGAACGCCGUUGCGGACCGUGACUUCGCCAUGGAGACCAUGCAGUGGGGUAGCUCGUUCAUGCUCAAGAUUUCUCGCUGGGCCGAGGACCUGAUCAUCUACAGCAGUCUGGAGUUCGGCUUUGUCCGUCUGUCGGAUGCUUAUUCCACUGGCUCUUCCUUGAUGCCUCAGAAGAAGAACGCAGACAGCCUGGAGCUUCUGCGUGGUAAAUCCGGACGUGCCUUUGGCCAAAUGGCCGGCCUGAUGUGCACAAUCAAGGGCCUGCCCACCACCUAUAACAAAGACUUGCAGGAGAGUGUUGAGCCCCUGCUCGACCACAUCAAGACUGUCAGCGACAGCAUCCAGAUCGCUACGGGCGUGCUCUCGACGCUGACCGUCAUCCCCGAGAAGAUGGUUGCCGCCCUCGCUCCGGAGAUGCUGGCGACCGAGUUCGCCGACUACCUCGUCCGCAAGGGCGUGCCCUUCCGUGAGGGCCACCAUAUCUCCGGCCGUGUCGUCGCGCUGGCUGAGCAGCACAAUGUCCCGAUGGACAAGCUCAGCCUUGAGCAGCUCAAGGGCGUUGACGCCCGCUUCGACGACGAUGUCCUCGAGUGUCUGGACUACGAGCGGGCCGUCGAGCUCAAGGACGCUAUCGGUGGCUGCAGCAAGCGUGCUGUGCUUGAACAGGUUGCCGUCCUCAAGAGCCUGCUUUAGA